AUGCAACCCAUCAACAUACCCCCCAACGACCCAAAGGCUCCAAGAUGGCUUCUGGAUCUACAGGAAUGGAGAAUACAGCCCUACACUGAGGUUCCAAAGGAGAUACUGGAAGGUGAAGGCUAUGGAAUAGUUUCCUAUACCUGGGGGUAUAUUGCACAGUGGGAUAAACCCGCCCUGGAUGUGCCCAAAGGGAUUGUUUGGACAGUACCCACCACUUCGAAAUGGAGCUUGGCAAGGGCAAGAGAAGUCAUGCGGAAGAUUGGCACCCGGUAUAUUUGGUGGGACUGGAUGUGUGUUCCUCAAGGCCGCGUGCAAGACCUCACUCCCGAGCUUCUCAAAGCCAAAGGAGAGGAGAUUGGGAAGCAAUUGCAUAUAUACAAAAACUCGAGCAAAAGCAUUGUCUGGCUUCAUUCCACAUCAUGGGAAGAUGAUUCAGCUCUGAAAGAGGUACUCCUUCUAGAAAUGUCACAACCUGGCUUUCAAGACCCGACAAUUGUCCAAAGUUACACAAGAAAGGUCGACAAUUACAUCGAAACUGCGCAAGCGGAUGAACGUUGGCUGAAGUCCGGUUGGACAUUACAAGAAGGUGUUCUUCUAAGCAGCACUUGUCUAAUCGACGGGCACGGGAAUACACUCUCUGAUAGCAGAUUCUAUACCGGCCGCAAAGCUACCGUUCGAGAUCUUUCAAUCCCUGUCUCGACUCUUGCUUUCAACCUCGCCUCCGGCUACUUCAUCCAAAGCGAAGGACAUGAUCCGGAUACCACAAGACCUGGCGCUGGUCAAUUCGGUCAUUUGCUACCAAAAUCACCAGAGUCCGUGAUCUGGUUACGUCGAUCACUUAAGAAUUUAGUUCAGUCCGGACUAGUGAUGUUCUUCGAGUAUAGUCCUCUUUUCAUUUUGGCUGGGAAAUAUAGCAGAAUGUAUGGUGUGUUGGCGGACUCUUGCUGGGCCUUGGUAGGUGCAAUGGAGUUGGAGAAUAUUGAAGUCAGUUAUGACCUUCCUAUGGAAAACAUCAAGAGGAGGUUUCUAUCUGCACUUGUUGAAAAGUAUCAAUGGAUGAUGAUGUUUCUGCCUUUUCCGGAGUGUCUGAUUGAAGAGAGGGGAGGUACGAUGAAACGACCUUUCCAGUGGACGGAUGUUGUCGAUGGUGCCUUUUUGCCUGUUGGUCUUUUCCUGGUUGAAUCUCAUGCAGAUGAGAAUUUGCCUGCAGAGAAGCAGCCAACUUUGCAAUUUUCUGACGAGAAUUUCGAAUCGGAUGAACUCCGGGUCAAGGGGCCGGGUGGCCAGGCAAUGAGUCUAUUCCGCGUGUCGAAAGAUCAUAUUACCUACUUCCGUCAUUAUCGCCAGGACUCAGAUGGGUUGCGCAUUGUGUCUUCCCGGUCUGUAGAUGUGUCGGAUGAUGAUCUUCUAGCGAGUGGGUGGUUAUUACAUUUGUGGAAUGUCGAUGAGAAGAAUGGUGUGCGCGGGAAGCGGUGUCUACUGGUCCUGCAGGUGGAGGGCCUCGGAACGAACGAUGAACCAGUCAAUGCAACUUUCGGUGGCAUGAUUGACGUGUGGGGACUAGACCCAACAUCCGAGAAGGCAGAUGUCAAGGACAUGAUAUUGAGGUCCUCGCGGCCGUAA